CCCGUUUUGAUAAGGCGAAACCUUCCCCAACGCCUUUUCUGUUCCAACCUUUAAACUAUGCUGCCUCGCUAGUCGGAAUCUGUAGAAAAUGUUUCUAAACGUGAAAAGAUUCGGCCUCGUGUGCCCCAGGGUGAAUUUCAGUGUCAGCACCCACUUGAAAGCUCACAAGCUCGGUAAAGCAAAGAGGAAAUAUUCUGAAACUAUAAAUCUACCGAAGACCAAGUUCCAGCAAUGGCAAUCUCAUGCAAAAAGGGUCGAACUGGACAAAUACAUUAUCGAGAAUUGUGGUUUUAUGAGCCUUUACAGAUGGCAGAGAGAAAAUGUAAAAGGAGAAGAGUUUGUUUUGCACGAUGGACCUCCGUACGCUAACGGGAUGCCACAUAUGGGCCAUGCCAUUAACAAAAUUUUGAAAGACAUAAUAAACCGGUCGAAGCUUUUGGCCGGGCAUAAAGUACACUUUAAGCCCGGCUGGGAUUGUCACGGGCUUCCCAUCGAACUGAAAGCCCUCACGGCAAGUAGUUUGGAACAGAAUUUGGAUCCGCUGGAUGUCCGUGCAAAAGCGAGAAAUUUUGCCAAACAAACGAUCGACGACCAAAAAAACGUCUUUCGCUCGUGGGGGGUCAUGGCAGAUUGGGACAAUGAUAGUUAUCAUACUUUCGACCCAAAUUACGUCUGCAAUCAACUGCAACAGUUCUAUAAACUUUAUGAAAAGGGGUAUGUUUAUAGAGAAGUUAAGCCUGUCUUCUGGUCACCUUCUACCAAGACUGCAUUGGCAGAAGCAGAACUCGAAUAUAACCCAAACCAUAAAAGUCGUGCUAUAACAUUAAGAUUUAAGAUGAAGAAGUUGCCAGAAACUUUCACCGUUACGGAGGGUGAUGUUUACGCUUUGGUAUGGACAACAACCCCUUGGACUCUUCCUGCCAACCAGGCCAUCGCUUUCCAUCCUUAUUUCACUUACCUUCUUGUCCAAUUCUCUGGCGAAAAAGAUUAUUAUAUUGUCGCGCAAGAUCAAGCUGAUAAACUAAAGGAAAAGGUCAACAAAAAUUUUAGUAUAAUCAGUUCAUUUUCAGGAAUGAAUUUGCAGGAAGCUUCUUACACACAUCCAAUUAGCGGUGAAGAACUUCCCCUACUCCCUGCCAAAUAUGUCACUUCUGAUAUCGGCACCGGCCUCGUCCACACAGCGCCCGCUCAUGGCCCUGAUGACUUUUUAUUAGCCCUGGUUCACAAAAUGAGCGUGCUUUGUCUAGUGGAUGAAAAUGGCAAGUAUUUACCCGAAGCAGGCCCCGACUUGGAAGGGCUGUUCGUUUUGAAAGAAGGCAACGACACAAUUGUUAAAAUGUUGAAAAACGACAUACUGAAUGAAGAAUCAAUUAUACACUCGUAUCCUUACGACUGGAGGUCAAAAACCCCUGUCAUUUUAAGAGCCAGUAAACAAUGGUUUAUCGAUACUGAAAUUCUUAAGCAAAGAGCCAUAGAAGUGUUACAGGAUGUUGAGAUCGUACCAAAAAAUUUAGACGACAGUUUCCAAACGAGACUUGAAAAACGUCCUUAUUGGUGUAUAUCUCGCCAAAGAGCCUGGGGUGUCCCAAUACCCGCUUUGUACUCUGUCGGCUUGCCUGUUGUAACAAAAGAUUUUGUUGAUCAUUUAUGUGAACUGAUCAAAAUACACGGGUCUGAUUGCUGGUGGUGGAUGGACUUGAAAAGCCUGAUACCGAACGAACUCAAAUCAGAAUUGCCCAUGGACCAAGUUACAAAAAGCGAAGACAUCAUCGAUAUCUGGCUAGACAGCGGCUUAUCAUGGUCAGCAGUCUUAGAAGGCAAACAAGCCGAUUUGUACGUCGAAGGUAUCGACCAGUUCACAGGAUGGUUCCAGUCCUCACUCCUCACUUCGGUGGCGUUAAAAGAUAGAGCGCCGUACAAGAACAUUUUUGUGCAUGGAUUCGCCUUGGAUGAACAAGGUAAAAAAAUGUCAAAGUCUCUCGGGAAUGUUAUAGACCCCCAGGUUUUGUGUUUCGGCGGGUCGGAUAUCAAGAAAGAGCCACCGUUUGGUGUCGACGUUGUCAGAUGGUGGGUCGCAGCACAUGCCACACAGAAUAUAAGCAUUCGCGUAUCCAAAUCGGCAUUGAAUGACAGCGCCGAAGCAGUAAAAAAAUUGCGCAACACACUGAAAUUCCUGCUCGGCUCUUUGCACGGCUGCUCGACCGAACUAGUCAACGCACCACCAAAAAUGGAACUAAUUGAUCAGUACAUGAUCAACAGCUUAAAAGAAUUUAAAUCACAGAUAGAUGAAUAUUAUGCUUCUUAUCAAUUUCAUAAAGUAUGCUCAAGGAUUGUGAAUUUUCUCGCAAACGAUCUUUCUUCUUUUUACUUACACAUUACCAAAGACAGAUUGUACUGUGAAGAUUUAGGCAGUAAUAGUAGGCAAAGUGUGCAGCAUGUCAUGUACCAUAUACUGAAUACUCUUACGAUGUCAUUUGCGCCUAUUAUGCCAAUAUUAGCUGAAGAAGUAUAUAUGAAUCACCCUCACAACCAGGAUUAUGUUCCAUUUUUCUUUCAACAAAUCAAAGAUGUUAAUGCGUAUUCAUUUAAAAUUGAACCAAAUGUUGAUAAGGUCAUGAAAGAGGCUUUUUUAGUCAAGAAAGAAUUUUUAAAUAAAUGCCCUGUGAAUCUCACCGAGAAUCAGAUUGUUUGUGUCAUUAAAGCCUGCAAGGACGUUUGGAAACAUCUAAAGAAAUUACAAAAUGAAGAAAAAUCGUCAAACUCAGAACUGGUCAGUUUUCUUCAAGCGUCCAGCGUAGAAUUGUACUUGGACAAAGAAGUCGAAAACUUUACGGUCGAAGUUGUUCACACUGAUUUAUUCUACUGUGAAAGGUGCCGUCGUUACUGUUCCGACACAAAAGACGAACUCUGUCAAAGGUGCGAUCAAAUCAUAGACGCUAGUAGUUGUACAUAAAAAAAAAUGUAUCGAAUAUAAUUGUAAAUAAAGUAAUUCUUAAAAAAAA